GGAACAGGAUUUAACAGGAUAUCAAGGAAGUUAUUUCAAAAAUGUUUAACGUUCCGAAGGCACCGGAUGCCCUGCAGCCGCAAACGUCGAUAAAGAAAUUUUUUCUAAUACAAAAAAUUAGCUUUGCAGCCGUUGGUCUGGAUCCCACUUCGAUAAGGAGAACAAUUUUCCGACCAUGGCUAACGUUCAUACCUUUGGUGAGCAUUAUUGCGGUACUGGGACCCAUGGGCAUUUAUGCCUUUAAUUAUUUGAAAAUCGAUUUGGGUAAGGCGGUUUCGGCUCUUUCGCCAUUUUGGCAAGCCCUCCUGUCGAUUGUGAAAUUUUUCGUCUUCAUGUUGAAUCGCAAGAAAAUUGUGGGCUUGGUGCGCAAGGUUUGGCUGUGGACAUUGGAAGCCAAUGAAGAGGAACUGAAAAUUAUUGCUGAGGAAAAUAGAGGCGAUGCAAAGGUGUGUACAUUUUAUUAUUCAAUGGUAAAUAUCACUGGGGUCCUGGCCACACUGGCGCCAGUGGCUGUGGCUGCAAUUUAUGCCUGGCAGGGUCAUGAUUUUUGGGAAUCACUGGAUGCCCCUUUCAAGGCGGAAUACUUCAUCGAUAUAAAAGCAUCAAUUGUGAUAUAUGCCGCUUGCUUCACAUGGAAUUUCAUCGGUAUCUAUUACAUUGUCAAUGGUUCGCUGUCCAUUGACACCCUUUAUUCCUGGAUUGUCUCGAAUAUUUCGGCCCAGUUUCGUAUCUUGAAUUUACAUUAUCACCAAUUGUCGCAGAACAUUAUUGCCCACAAGGCCAUGGGCAAUCACAACGAAGAGAAGUUCCUAAAAUCGAUCAUCGAUUGUGUAAAAUAUCAUCGUCGCAUCAUUCAAAUGUCGGAACGUUUCAGUGAAGUCUACAAAGUUUUGGUUUUCUUCAAAUUUUUGGUUAGCUGUCUGCAGUUGGCAUGCCUGUCAUUCAUCAUCCCGCUGGGUGGAGAGAUUGCCGAUCAAUUGUUUAAUCUGUCGUUUUUGAUGGCUGUUACCACUCAAUUGAUGCUGUAUUGUCAUGGAGGGCAGAAAAUUCAGGAUAUGACCAUUUCUGUUAACUGGGCCAUCUACGAAAGUUUCCAUUGGCAUGAUUUGAGUAUUAAAUCCCAAAAAUUACUUUUGUUAACCAUGAUCCGGGCCCAGAAACCUUGUGAAAUAAGGGGUAUAUUCUUUAAAACUGAUCUAAGUUUGUUUGUAUGGGUUUACAGAACCGCUGGCUCCUUUAUGACCAUGCUGAUGUCAAUGGAGGAUAAAUAAUCCUGAUUUUACAAGCAGUUGAAAUUAUUAUCUCACACUUAUUAGCAAAUUAGA